AUGUUGUCGUCCGCUCUCAUUUCACUUGGCGUUGCCGGCUCGGCGCUUGCUUGGCCUGGCUUUGGUUCCUCUCGCCACUCCUCCAUUGCUCGUGCCGUCCAUGCCCGCCAAGAGCUGGUAACUGCAAAGCCCAAGGAGCCUGUCGCCGCCACUUGGUUCGCAUCCUGGCACGCCGACGAGUUUUCUCUCGCAAACUACACCACUGUUUCAUACAGCUUCGCCUUGACUACUCCCAACAUCAGCUUUGUUAAUAUCAGCGACCCAGAGGUCUUCAAGGACUUUGUGUCAACUGCCCACGCCAACAAUGUAUCAGCUACUAUUUCCAUCGGUGGCUGGACCGGCUCCAUAUAUUUUAGCUCGGCUGUUGCGACUGCGGAGAACCGCACCGAGUUUGUAAAGACAAUGGUCAACCUUCUAAACGAUAACAAGUUGGAUGGAUUGAGCUUCGAUUGGGAAUACCCUGGCGCCGCCGGAAUUGGCUGUAAUACCAACUCCCCUAACGACACUACCAAUUUCCUCCUCUUCCUUCAGGAGCUCCGCACCGCCCUCCCGAACGCGACGCUCUCGGCCGCGACAUCCAUCAACCCCUUCAUCUCGGCCGACGGCACGCCAAGCACCAACGUCUCGGACUUUGCCAGCGUAUUCGACUACAUCCAGAUCAUGAACUACGACAUCUGGGGACCAUGGAGCGACACGACCGGUCCCAACGCACCACUCAACGACACCUGCGCGACCAACGCGACGCAAAAGGUGGGGAGUGCCGUAAGCGCCGUCGAAGCGUGGACCAAGGCUGGGUUCCCUGCGGACCAGAUUGUGCUUGGUGUCGCAGGCUAUGGUCAUGGAUUCUCGGUCACCCCGGCCAACGCGCUCAACGAUAGUAUCUUGAACCCUUACUCCACGUUUAACAAGAGCUUUACCCCUCCGGGCGAUGCUUGGGACGAUAUGCCCGUCGGCCCCAACGGCACUGUCGCGCUUGAUAACGGAUUCUUGAAUGAGAACGGCACUGCUAAUACCGCCGAGGGUAUCGUGUACAAGUUUGACGAGUGCAGCCAGACUCCCUUUGUGUACAACCAGACAUCGGGCGUCUUUGUGGCCUUUGACAAUGCCGAAUCGUUCGCCGCCAAGGGUAAAUUCAUCAACGCUACCGGACUCCGUGGAUUCGCAAUGUGGGAGGCCGGAGGAGACUUUGACGACAUCUUGCUCGAUUCGAUUCGUUCCGCUGCUGGUUUCCCAGAAGUGAUCGAGGACGAGGACGAUUGCGAGGAUGAUGGCGGUGAUGAUGGUGUCCAGACCGGUAACGGUAACUCGAGCUCUGGUGGCAGCGGUUCGUCCAACAACUCGGGUGCUGGUUCGUCCAACAAUUCGGGUAGUAGCAACUCGGGUGGAAGCUCCAGCAACAAUUCCGGUAGUGGUUCGUCGAACAACUCCGGUAAUACUUCGGGCAACGCUUCAGGUAACACUUCGGGCAACACCUCGUCUGGCAACACCUCGUCUGGUAACAAUUCGAGCGGUGGAAGCGCAUCCAGCACACCUUCGACCGGUAGCAACAGCAGCAACAACUCUGGUAGCAACAACUCGGGCUCUACUACUUCCCCGUCCGUACCUGACGACGAAGACGAGGAUGACGAAGAGUGCGAGGACGACGAAUACCCAGAAACCCCUGUGACCUCCACUGUCAACCCCACCUACCCGUCUGCGACCGCGACUGCUUCUGCCUCUUCGAUUGUCGUCGUCCAACCCGAGGGUACCCCGACCGCCAUCGUUUCUUCGAGCUCGGCUCCGCAACCCUCAGCCACCGCUGCUCCUGAUGCUGGAAUUACCGAUGACGAUGAUGAAGAGGAGUGCGAAGACGACGACGAGAUCAUUGAUGCCGCCAGCACUAUCGCGUCUACUUCUGCCUCUGCAUCGACUGCCUCUGCCUCGACUGAAGCCACUGCCAGUGCCACCUCUUCCGCAGCGACAGUCUCCGAGACAUCAGCUUCGGCCUCUGAGACUGCCACCGAGUCGGCCACCGCCUCGACGUCUACCGGCAGCUCUUCGGCCUCUGCAUCGAGCACCGAAUCCUCGAGCGUUCAACCCAUUCCCACAGAGAGUUCCGCCACGACAGUCUCGGAGAGCUCCACUCCUGCGCCUACCUCUGUCUCUGCUUCUGCCUCUGCCUCUAGUACCGAGCCUGCUCUGAGCGCUGAACCUACCUCGACCGCCUCAGCCGAAUCUACCCCGGUUGCUGAAUCCACCUCGGCCGCCGCGUCCUCUGCUAGCGCUAGCGCGGAGCCCACGAGUGUCGAGCCCUCCUCCGCUGCCGCGUCGUCCUCGGCCGAACCCAGCCCCACUGAGCCCGCAACCAGCGCCGAGCCCACCUCCAGUGCUGCACCCACAAGCGUCGAGUCUGUUAGCGCCGAGCCAUCUGCCCCCGAGAGCUCUGUAGAGUCCACGCCCGUGCCCACCCCGUCCGCCGAGCCUUCAUCGUCGGCGUCCCUGUCCGCCCCCGUGUUCGAACCCACUCGCCGCUAA